AAUGCCUCAAGCAGUAGUACUGCCGAUUCACAUGAAGACGACCUCAGCGAAUAUGUUUUGUUGCUCGAAGAUAAUAUGCAGCUUGCUAAGAAAACUAUGCAAGGAAUAUCAGAUUCCAUGAACCGGUUGAUUCAUAGAGCUGAGAAGAAACAAAAUAAAAAUCUUCUCAAGCUUCUUGAACAGUCUGCCGAAGAAUAUAAUGCAUCCAACGGAGUAGUGACGUUUGAUAAUGAUGAUCAAAAUUUUCAAUCUCAGAUUUCCAACAAUUGAACAUGUUAAUAGUUGGAGCUUACCAAUAAUAAGCUUAACAUGCAUCACUAUUGCUUUACCAAAUAUUGAAAAAGACAGAGUUGAUGAUUUGUUCAAAAGUGUUGGUGAAGGUCUUUUGUACACUCACCUAGUGGAAAAAAUCCUAAAUAAGGAAUCUAUGUAUGUGAAUAUUAGAAGGGCAACCUUGGAAUUAUGGCAUGAGGUUGAAGUUAACCACAAGUGGUUAAACAACACUUUGGAGAGAAAUGCUUAUAAAGAAAAAACCCCAAGAGAUAUUAUUACUUCAUUUGCUCAAAUUGCAGAAAAUGUUCUGGAUGAAUUUAUCAACACAAGUAGUACUAAUGGAGAUCAUCUCAUGGAGAACGAGAACCUUCCGCCAAAGGUUAUCGUUGCCAACUCAAUGUAUCGUAUUGCAAAAACGAUUGAAAGCAACAACUCAAACAUUGUUGAUGAAGAGGAGUUGUUUACACAACUAUGUGGCAUGAUUGCAGACAUAUUAGCUACAUGCUUCACCAACAUACCACGCGCCAUAUCUAUGAGAUGUCACGAAAGCACAGUAAUAGAAGAACGAGAGGCUAGAGUUGCGGCCGCAAUUGACUUUCUUGGACGGACUACAGAGAUAAUAGAAAGACUUGAAAAUCGCCGACUACCGAACAUGGAUCAUGAGAAGAUGGCAUAUAUCGACGAGUGGCGUCUUCACUUUAAGCGUCCUUAAUUAGAAAUUAUAGUCUAUAUAUCGAUCGCAUGGAGCAAGCUAAGGUAAUUUAGGUCAAGAAAUGAACUGCUUAAUGGACAAUCUCAAACAUGUGAGCUUCAAGAAUAAUGAUAUCCAUUACCAUAUGUUUUUUUUUAGAAUGUGUCUGUUACCUCUCUUUCUCCUUUUAUUAUGUUAUAUUUGCAAAAUGCGUGUGUUAUAUUUUUAAUUUUGUACCAUCUUAUAUACAAAUCAAAAUACUUGUAUUAAUUAUGCA